AAUUGAUCAUAUUUAUGCUUAGCCAAUUAAGUUAUUGGUUCCUAACUAAUAAAGCUCCAACUUACCAACCAUAUUUCAUAUCUUUUCUUCCUUCCUUCCUUCCCAUAUAAAAACCCUACCCAUGCAUCACUCUUCUUCAACAAAAUCAUCCCUUUUCUUUUCUCUACAUUCAUAUAUUGAAAAUUAAUAGGGCUCUAGCUUGGGUUUCCCCAAAGAGAGAAGAAAAAAGAAAGCACCUAAAACAUGAUGAAGCAAGUUUCAUUUCCAUUAUCAUUACUAGUGAUAAUUGCUCUCUUCCAAUGCCAAACCGAAAUCCAAGCUCAAGUAGCGCCCUCACCCGGUCCAGCCGGUCCGACUAACAUAACCAAAAUCCUCGAAAAAGCCGGCCAGUUCACCACAUUCAUCCGGCUAAUGAAAGUCACCAGCAUGAGUGAUCAGAUCAACAACCAACUCAACAACUCGCAAAAUGGGAUGACCGUAUUAGCCCCGACCGACAACGCGUUCUCGAGCCUGAAAGCCGGCACGCUGAACUCGUUGACCGAUCAGCAAAAAGUCCAACUCAUGCAAUUCCACGUCAUUCCCUCGUAUCUCUCCAUGUCACAGUUCCAAACCGUGAGCAACCCGGUUCGGACUCAAGCCGGUGACGUGUCCGCCCGGUUCCCUCUGAACGUGACGACUUCCGGCAACCAAGUGAACGUGUCGACCGGAGUCGAUGACGCCACGGUAGAUAACGCGAUUUAUACCGACGGCCAGCUGGCGGUUUAUCAGGUGGAUAAGGUGCUUCUUCCUCUGAGUUUGUUCGGGGCUCCGUCUCCGGCCGAAGCUCCGGCCCCAUUGUCGGCCCUGCCCAAGAAAAAGAAGCCCUCCGGUGGUCCGGAAUCUGGCGAUGACGCUCCGGCCGCCGAUUCGUCGGGGGCGGCGGCUGACGCGGCUUUGCAUGGCAUGGUCGCUUGUUUAGGAGCGGGAAUAUUAUUCUUGGCCACAUUUUGGUCGUGAGGGACUUUUACUUACGUGUUAUAUCGAUCGACGGUUGCGAUUGGAUCUCAUCGGUGGGAUCAAAUUUUUGAUUGAGUACGUGGCGUCAUGUGAUGUGAUCAAGUAUCUGAUUCAACGGCCGAGAUGAAGAGAUGGUGUGUUCUAAAUAAUCUCAGAUUAAAAAUUGUCGUCUUCUUUGUUAAAAUUCAUAGUCAUACGACCAUUAUUUGAUACGCUAGAUUUAUUUGUAUCUUCUUUUUUUUUUCCAGUGUAAUUUCAUGUAACAUGUCCAUUUUAUGUUUUAUAUGAGAAGUUUACAUUCAUUUUAUUUUUUUCUUUUUGGUGCAAAAUGUAAUCCUGUUUCUAUUAAUA